AUGCCGAAAUCGGAAGAUGACAUUGAUCUUGACGGAGUGCUGUCCGAGAUUGGCCAGUUUGGUCGGUUCCAGAUUCGGCAGUAUGGGCUGAUGGUGAUUCCCAUCAUUCUGAACGCGUUCUUCACGCUGAGUUACGUGUUCACGGCGGGCAGUCUGAGCUACCGGUGUCAUGUACCGGGCUGCGACGACGUCCAAACAACAUGGCAUCCAGCGUGGCUCAACGAAACAGUCCCGAUGCGGAAUGGAGUCCCAGCGCAGUGCGAAAUGUUUGCACCGAUCAGCAAUUCUAGCUUAGAUAACGAUUCGUGCGAUGUCAGCAACUUCGACACCAGUGCCGUAAUUCAAUGCGACAAGUUCGUGUACGAAGAGGAUGACGUAACGAUCGUGAACGAUUUCAACAUUACUUGCCCGUACAACGAUUGGAAGCUGACCAUGGUAGGAACGAUCAACAACAUCGGCCAAUUCGUGGCACUUCCUAUCGCUGGAUAUCUCUCCGACCGCUUCGGUAGAAGACUUGUUCUGCUGAUCAGCGUUGCCGGCAGUGCCGUAUUCGGCAUCCUUCGAGCGUACUCCACCAGUUACCAGAUGUUUUUAGUGCUGGAAUUCCUCGAUCCCGCCAUCGGAUCAACCAUGUACACGACGGCUUUCAUUCUAGCACUGGAACUCGUCGGCCCACGAAUGCGAGUAUCCGGCAACAACAUAAUCUCCUGUGCGUUCUCCUUCGCCGAAGCCGGCCUAGGUCUUCUGGCCAUGCUGUUCCGCAACUGGCGAACGCUCCUCAAAGCUCUCUACAUCCCCGGCCUCGUAUCGCUGCCCCUUCUCUGGAUGACGUCCGAAAGCGUUCGAUGGCUGAUAUCCAAGGGUCAGCGAGAGAAAGCUUUCAGCAUCCUCAAAAAAGCAGCCAACACAAACAAGAAGAUUCUUUCGCCCUCAGCGAUCGAACGACUCUGCCCCAGCGAUAGCGAGUCCAAGUCGGAAGAGCUGGAGGACAAUUCGUUCUUCAGCUUGCUCAAGGAUGCCUUCCAGAACCCCGGGCUCAUACUACGCAUCGUCAAUUGUAGCUUUUGUUGGUUUACCAACGUGCUGGUUUAUUACGGAUUGAGCUUAAACUCCGUCACCCUGGCGGGUGACAAGUACCUGAACUUUAUCCUGGUUUCACUGGUUGAGCUGCCUGGAUUUUUGAUCAUGCAACUGAUCUUAGAUCGAGUUGGAAGACGGAUAACUCUUUGUACCACCAUGGUCCUUUGCGGACUGUUUUGUUUUAUGUCUGAAUUUAUUCCCACCGGAAACCACUGGCUAAGUCUUAUCAUGUUCCUCGUCAGCAAAAUGGCCAUCACCAUGUCGUUCGGCAUCCUGUACAUCUACACCGUGGAAAUCUUCCCAACGAACCUACGACAGAGCCUGCUCUCGGUGUGCUCCAUGUUUGGCCGCAUCGGAUCGAUGAUCGCUCCCCAGACACCGCUGCUGGCCAAAAUUUGGUCCCCACUGCCGAUGGUUAUCUACGGUACCAUCGGAAUCACCUCCGGACUGGCGAUCCUCCAAUUCCCAGAGACGCUAAACACCCAGCUGCCGAACACGGUGGAAGAGGCCAUGAGCAUGAGCACCGACGAGAAGAAUAAAGAUCGUGAGAGAUUUGCGUAACUAA